AGGAAUCACACCUUGGUGCAUCUCAGAGGAUCCAACCCUCCUCACACGGAUACACUUUCCGUCAAGUUACCGUCGUCGGAAUCAAAGCCCAAUCGGAUUCCAAAUUCCACCCUGUUCUGUUCCCUUAACAUUCCAAUUUAUUUCCAAUAUUCCAUAUCAAAACAUAUCAUUUCCACUGGUAACCGUCCGAUCCGAUUGGGGAAUAACUCCAUAGAUCACUCACUCAGGUCAAUUAACAGAUUACAGAAAUGGUGGUGUGGUGGAGGUAGGAGAUGGAGAAGAAAAGAGUAGAUGAAAGUGUGCAGGUACCAGCUCCAAUACGAGUAGACAGAUUUGGUUUUGCAAAACAGGAACAUAUCUCACCUGAUAGACUUGCUAAAAGCAAGUCUGCUUUUGAGUAUCAGAGCAGGGAAGAGAGAAAACUUAGAAAAUGGAGGAAAAUGAUUGGUGUUGGAGGUAGUGAUUGGAAGCAUUAUGUAAGAAGGAAACCUAAUGUUGUUAAACGGCGCAUACGGAAGGGAAUCCCUGACAGUUUGAGAGGUCUUGUUUGGCAGUUGAUUUCUGGUAGCCGGGAUCUCUUGUUGAUGAACCCUGGUGUUUAUGAGCAACUAGUGAUAUAUGAGACUUCAGCAUCUGAGCUAGAUAUAAUACGGGAUAUAUCGCGUACGUUUCCUUCACAUGUAUUCUAUCAGCAGCGACAUGGACCUGGUCAAAGAUCACUUUACAACGUUUUGAAGGCCUACUCGGUAUACGAUAGGGAGGUUGGAUAUGUACAGGGUAUGGGGUUUUUAGCCGGUCUCUUACUGCUUUACAUGAGCGAAGAAGAUGCGUUUUGGCUUUUAGUGGCAUUAUUGAAAGGAGCUGUCCAUGCUCCAAUGGAAGGAUUAUAUUUGGAGGGAUUGCCUCUUGUUCAACAAUAUUUGUUUCAGUUUGAUAAUCUAAUGAGAGAGUACAUGCCAAAGUUAGGCGAACACUUUACACGAGAAAUGAUAAACCCUAGCAUGUAUGGAAGCCAGUGGUUUAUUACGGUUUUCUCGUAUUCUUUUCCUUUCCAUCUGGCUCUUCGAAUUUGGGAUGUUUUCCUCUACGAGGGUGUCAAGAUUGUUUUUAAAGUUGGCCUUGCUCUUCUUAAAUAUUGCCAUGAUGACUUGGUGAAGUUACCGUUUGAGAAACUUAUACCUGCUCUUAAGAACUUCCCUGAUGAUGCUAUGGAUCCAGAUAAGUUGCUUCCAAUGGCCUACUCAUAUAAGGUAUCGAAGCGUUUGGAGGAACUUAAGCUUGAGUAUGAGAAGAAAAAUGGGAAGCUAGCAGCAUCCAAGGCAAAGCAAAAACAGAAGCAUCCGGCUUGAAUAUGGAACAGGUGCAUCGUAUAUUGUAAAUACAUGGAGUUCAAUUCUUUUAGAUGUUCCUGGAUCCUAUUUGGCACUAGUUUUUGUAAUUUGGCAUUAAUUUUUUUAUAUACCGAGUGAUAUUGAUCAUGUUUGCAAGUAAAUCUUUGAUCUUAGUUGACACAGAUUGUUUAUCA